AUGGAAGCACCGCCAGAGACGCAGCAGCAGCAGCAUGCGCAUGCUUUAUUGCAGAUGUUUGGAUGUUCCGCUAAGGUGGCGCACCGCAUUGUCGCUCAGUACUGGCCCGAUACAGAAGGUAGCGAGCGAGAGUUGCGGCGCAGACAACAGCCGUGCUUGCUAGCGCUCGAAGUGUUAUUGGAACAGAAAGAUUACCUGUGUCAUUUGGGAAGGUCCAUCUUACCUAUCAAUGAAACAACACUGCCAUGCUUCCGAAAGGAGUUGCUCUCGGAGCCGAGCAGCGGCUAUCCAUCGCUGACAUGGGGACAGGUACAGCAAACCAUUAACAGUGGACCUGGUAUUGAGAUCUUUUUUAUCAAUAGUGCAUCUGGUAUCGCCGAAGAUCCUGUCGUUUACGAAGAGUUCUACCAAAAUAGAAUUGUUGCGGAGGGCUUCGCCGACAUUGUCGGUUUUAUCACGUCCCUGGAUGGCCUCGCGCCUCUCGUAGACUACCUCCACGCCAGGCACUUUGGUGGGCUACAGCCACCUCCUCUCCGCUCCUCUUCCCAGUGGAGGAAAUGUGCAAAGGGUGAGAUCAGCGUGUCGCUGAAGGCAGGUGAGGUGUUUGCGGUGACAACUGCACCAAAAGAAGCAGCACUGCAAACACUCAAGCGUCGCGUUCGUGUCCUUUUUGGGAACGAUGUAUUAACGUCAAAGUCAAAACGACAGGAUAAGAGUGGUAUGCAGUUAGCCUUGAAGGAGAAGGGUUUGACGUACAUCCGAGGGCAAUCUGGGCACGACGUGACGAAGCUGAAACAAUGGCAGCGGGAACAGGGCAUUCCGUUUCCUGUAGUUCUUAAACCAGUGAGUGGUGCAGGCUCGGAGUUUGUGACUCUGUGCCGCAACGAAGCUGAUCUGGACGUGGCAUUCGCUGUUUGCCGUGAUGUGAAGACGACGCAGCAGACAGAUGCUUCUCAUAUGCUCUUGCAGGAAUACGUUGAAGGGCAGGAGUAUGUUGUCAAUGUUGUGAGUUACCAGGGAAAGCACGUUGUCUCUGAUGUCUGGAAAAGUUGGAAGUACCCACUCGAAGUGUACUGCACACGGCUCCUUCCCGCCGCAGAAGAAAAUCUCACACGCGCAUUUUUCAGCCGCAUCCGCGACCGUCCCCCUUCUCCGGUCAACACUACAGCCUUGUUAUACGACCGUCUCGAGUUCGUGCAUAACUUGUCCGAGCUGCCUGAGGACAGCGAAGAGCGGCGCGUUGUUGCGUACACACUUCAAUGCGUCGAUGCCCUUGACAUGCGUCAGGGAUGUUCGCACUGCGAGGUGCGCGUAGACGGGAGACCUGGGAGUAACAGCUUUGGCAUGCCAAUCCUUAUCGAGCUCAACGCGCGCAUGCUCGGUGCCGCCCCUCGCGCCACACCACUGGUUGGAUACAAUCAGUACACACUCCUGAUGUAUUUGGCUCUCUGCGCUGCGUCCAUCCUGGAGGAAGAAUGGGGUGAUGAAAGUGGUGGUCAUUGUGACACUGACGUUAGCGGAGAGUCGGAGGAGGAAAAAAAGAAGAAGCGGUGCAUGUUGCCUUGGCCGCCUGUUCCGCUGCUUUAUCGUUCAUUUACAACGGGGAUCACCCGCCACGUGAUUUUUUUUCGGGCUGCGGAGGACAGCUAUGUCUGCGCUCCCGGAGUUCGAGGUAUCAAGGCGUUGCAGACAUUCCGCAACUUCUCAAGAGACACUAUAUACAACGAAAAGCAGAAGGCAAGCACAUUGCUGUACGUGCGCAAAACAAUGGACCUUCUGAGUUCGCCUGGUGCAUGUGUACUGGAGGGCAGCGAUGCAGACAUCCGUCGCGACACGGCAUACAUACGUCGUGUGGAGAACAAGGACCUCAGUGAGUGGAAGGUGCCGCUGGAUGCCGCAUUGGCAGCCACGCAGGGAUCCCUAAAUACCAACGCACAGCCACGUCACACCACUGAGGCGGGGAUGUCCUCUGCAGCGAUAAAGCAGAUGGAGGCAUUCUUGCGUACGGAGCCGCCGCUGUUCGUUUCUGUGGAGUACGUAGAGAAGCUGAAGCUAUUGGGUCUCCUCCAUCUCGUUUGCGGUCACGGUGGUGGCGCCACUGCCACGGCCAACUCUUAA